AUGUCACUCACUCUUGCUCCUGCCGACCUUAAUAUUAUCAGGAAGAAGGACUUCCUUCUUCACCUCUUUGGCGAAGGCAUCUCCCACUCAAAGGCGCCUUUGAUGCACAACUACUUGUUCAAGAAGUUGGGUUGUGACGGUUAUGUUUAUGAAUGUUUGGAUUCGUAUGGUUUGGACGCUUUCAAGGAGCUUAUUGCUGCUAAUAAAGAUAGUAAGUCGUGGAGCGAUCUCAAGUACAUUGGUUCCGCAGUGACGAUGCCUUAUAAGGUCGCUAUCAUUCCACAUUUGGACGAGAUUGACGAAAACGCAAAGUCUGUGGGUGCUGUCAAUACCAUCUACGUUAGAUUUAAAGACGGAAGAGCGGUUAAUAUUGGUACCAACACUGAUACAGUCGGUAUCAGAGACGCAUUCGUGUUUAACGUGCCUGAGGUCGCUGCUACCGCCAAAGGCAAGCCAGGCUUGGUUUACGGUGGAGGAGGUGCGUGCCGUUCGGCUGUAUACGCCUUGAAAGAGUACUUGGGCUGCUCUAAAAUUUAUUUGGUGAACAGAUUCGCUUCUGAGGUCGAGAAGAUCCAGGAAGAAAUGGCUGCAAAUGGGUUCACCGGUGAAAUUGUUCACAUUGCUACACCAGAACAAGCCAAGGAAGUCGCAAACCCUCACUUGAUUGUAUUGGCUGUUCCUGACUUUGCUCCAGUUACUGAUGAAGAAAAGUUGGCCAGAGAGACCUUGGAUGUAUUCAUUAACCAGGAGAACAAGGGUGCUGUGCUUGAAAUGUGCUACCACCCAACCCAAAUCACCCGUCUCUACCUGGCCUUCCAUGAAGCCGGCUGGGACGUUGUGGGUGGUAUUGAAGCUAUGAUCUACCAAGGCUUUGCCCAACAGGUCUUAUGGACAGGCUAUUCCUUAGAUGAAAUGCCCACCAAAGACGUAGUGGACUAUGUGAGAGAGACCAUCGAGGAACCUUGUCUCAGACACGACAUGGUCGGCAUUAAAUUGUGA